AUGGCCGAAGAUACCAACGCCGCCUGGCCCGUCGCCGACGAAGCUCUCUCGCAGCAGCUCCUCGAUCUUGUCCAGUCUGCCGGACAUUACCGUCAAAUCAAGAAGGGCGCUAACGAGACCACCAAGACGCUGAACCGCGGAACAUCCGAGCUCGUAAUCCUCGCGGCCGACACAACCCCCCUCCCGAUUAUUCUUCACCUGCCCCUCCUGUGUGAAGAUAAGAACGUCCCUUAUGUCUACGUCCCUAGCAAGCUGGCCCUCGGCCGUGCCACCGGUGUUUCGCGCCCUGUUAUCGCUGCUAGCAUUACCACCAACGAGGCCAGUGAUCUUACAGCCCAGAUCCGGGCCCUGAAGAUCCAGGUUGAGCGCCUGAUGAUCUAA